GAAUUUCACCAAUAUUUCACCAUGUCCUGAAUAACGACCACAUCAACCAUCGGUAUGUCUACGACUGAUAUGUCUCCUACGCUGGACAUUCUCCGGUUUCUGUAUACUCACAUACAGACACUGGAGGAGUUUGCGAACAGCAUCGUGUUCAGAGAAGGAAAGAAAGCAGUGCUGAUUGAACAGUCUGACACAAACCGCUUCAAGUCCUUCGUCCGGGGUGUUAUUGUCUGCUUUGACAAGGAACUACAGCAAGUGCCAAGCUUCAACCAGAUCUGCACUCUACCUGAACUGCUGGCUGUCGUUCUUAACAGUCUGAAAAGAAAAAGAAAAAAGAACAUAUUGUCAAAUGGCUACAAUUUUCAGGCGCUGGCUCAGGAGAAGCGAGAUGCAGAUCCCUUUAAAUUCCAAGGAGAUCUAACUCAAAGUGCUGCCUAUAUUCAUGGAAGUGACAUGUGGAAGAGAGUCACACUACGCCUUGGCACAGACCUCACACGGUACCUGCUGGAGAGCUGCUCUGUGUUUGUGGAAGUCCCUCCAUCAUGUGUAUUCCAGUUGUGCGGCACUCCAAUCUAUGACAGGGUGUCCAUGUCUAUUUCUACCAACCGGUUUCUUGUCAAGCCUGGGUCUCACAAGAAUAGCGGUGCUCAGUCUGGAAGAAAUCAAAGGGCAGUGACUUACAAAAAGAGACGGGCUGUUGAAAAGCCUACUCUCAGCAAAACGAGGAACCAAAGGAAUGAACGUGUGAUGGAGGGGAAAAGAAAGCGAGAAACUGAUCAGAAGGAGGAGGAAGAGUCUCUGACACGUUCAGGAAAGAGGAUACGAGUAGCAAAGCAAGAGCCCACAAAGGAAAUUCAACAGGUUUGUAUUGAACCGGUGGAGGAAGAGCAGCCCGUAUCUGUGGUACCAACACUAUCAGUAAACCCUUUGGGAAAUGGCCCUACAGGUUCCAAACAGACUGUUGAAUUGCAGACAAGCACAAUGCCCAUGGAGGGAGGACCCAGUUGGAGAACGGGGAUUUUUCCCUCUCUGCCUCCCUCGCAAUGUUUUAUCCGCACACUGGGAUUUCUGUACGGCGGAAGGGGUAUGCGUGGCUUCAUUCUCAACAGGAAGAAAAAGAGUGCUAAUGAAUGCAGAAGGCUGCAAGGGCAAGAUUUGGUACGAACUAUCUUCUUUGAGGGACUGCCGUACUUAAACGGGAUAGAGAGGAAGCCAAAGAAACUCCCGCCUCGGCGCUUCUCUAACAUGGUCCCCCUGUUCAGUCAGCUGUUGCGUCAACACAGGAGAUGUCCUUACAGCAGAAUACUGCAGAGGGUGUGUCCAGUGCUGGAGGAGAGAGAAGCAGGACAAGGGGAGUUAAGCUCCCUCUUGCCUCAACACUGUGCACCUCACCGGGUCUUCCUGUUUGUCAGGGAAUGCCUCUCCACUGUGAUCCCUCAGGAGCUGUGGGGCUCCGACCACAACCGACUACGUUUCUUCAUCAGGGUGAGGGGCUUCUUGCGCAGUGGCAAGUUUGAGAAGCUCUCACUCUCUGAACUGAUGUGGAAGAUGAAGGUGAAUGACUUUGAUUGGUUGAAGAUCAGUAAAACAGGCAGGUUCCCUCCCAGUGAGCUCUCAUAUCGGACACAGAUCCUGGGUCAGUUCCUGGCUUGGCUUCUGGACGGCUAUGUUGUGGGCCUCGUUCGAGCUUGCUUCUAUGUCACGGAAAGCGCGGGCCAGAAGAACGCCCUCAGGUUCUACAGACAAGAAGUUUGGGCAAAACUACAGGACUUAGCCUUCAGGGUUCACCUCUCCACAGGUCAGAUGGAGGAGAUGACUCGGGCUCAGGUGGCAUCUCUCCCCAAAGCCACCGUCACAUCUCGCCUUCGCUUCAUUCCAAAAACUGAUAGCAUGAGGCCUAUCACACGAGUCAUUGGAGCAGAUGCCAAAACAAGGCUCUACAGAGGGCGUGUCCGAGACCUGCUGGACAUGCUGCGGGCCUGUGUGCGCGCCUCUCCGUCCCUGCUGGGCUCCACAGUGAUGGGGAUGACAGACAUCCACAGGGUGUUACGCUCUCUAGCUCCAGCCCUGAAGAAGGAGCCACAAACCCUCUACUUUGUGAAGGUGGAUGUGAGUGGAGCCUAUGAGAGUCUGCCCCAUGACAAACUGAGUGAAGUGAUUGGUCAGGCGCUGUCCCCUGUGCAGGACGAACUCUUCACCGUCCGCCGCUAUGCCAAGAUCUGGGCAGAUGGCCGUGAGGGCCUGAAAAAGUCCUUUGUUAGACAGGCAGAUUUACUGGAGGAUAGCAUGGGAUCCACCAACAUGAAAGGGUUUGUGACGUCACUUCAGAAAAAAAAAAAAGUCCAUCACGCCAUACUGGUAGAGCAGCAUUUCUGCGCUGAUCUUCACGGCAGAGACGCGUUGCAGUUCUUCACCCAAAUGCUAAUGGGAAGUGUUGUUCAGUUUGGAAAGAAAACAUACCGUCAGUGCCGAGGGAUUCCUCAGGGCUCUGUCGUAUCCAGCCUGCUGUGCUGUCUCUGCUACGGUCACAUGGAGAAUGUCCUGUUUGAAGGCAUUACUGAAAAGAAAGGAUGUUUGAUGAGACUGGUGGAUGACUUCCUUCUGAUCACCCCAUACUUAAACAAAGCACAAAGCUUUCUCAAUAUCUUGCUGGCCGGAGUACCACAGUACGGUCUGGUGGUCAACCCGCAGAAGGUGGGGGUUAACUUUCAGGUGCCAGGGAGCAUGGGCUCAUGUCCCGGCAUCCGAGUGCUGACCCCUCACUGCCUCUUCCCCUGGUGUGGACUGUUGCUGGACACACACUCACUGGACGUCUACAAAGACUACUCAAGCUAUGCAGGCCUGUCUUUGCGCUACAGCCUCACGUUGGGCUCCUUCCACUCAGCUGGACAGCAAAUGAGGAGGAAACUGAUGGCUGUCCUCAGACUCAGGAGCCAUGCCUUGUUCCUGGACCUGAAGAACAAUUCUCUUGAGGCAGUCUACAAGAACAUCUACAAGCUGGUGCUGCUUCAUGCAUGCAGGUUCCAUGUGUGUGCCCAGAGUUUGCCCUUCGACCAGACUGUUGCUAAGAACCCUUUGUACUUCCUGAGGAUGAUAUUUGAUAUGGCCGAAUACAGCAAUCAGCUCAUCAGGCUCAGCAACAAAGGACUGAUUUUAGGCAAUACGGCCCAGACUGGCAUUUUGCAGUACGAAGCAGUGGAGCUGCUGUUCUGUCUUUCCUUCUUGCAUGUACUGUCACAGCACCGUCCUCUCUACAGGGCUCUGCUCCCACACCUGCACAAACGGAAGCGCAGUCUAGAGAAGCGUCUGGGGGUUCUGAGGCUGGCCAGGGUCCGACAGGCCACUAACCCCAGGACCCCUGACGACUUCUUUGCCAUCCAGUGCUAGACUACAAGCCAGCCCCGAAUUUAG